UUCCCUCCAUUUUCAAUUCACACUUUUUCCACUUUAAAGCUCAAUGGCUUAAAGUCCAAAACACUUUACCAAGACUGCUGGGAUGCCCUUCAGUGGGUCGCUUCACACGCCGCCGAUAAUGAUGCCGAACCAUGGAUAGCAAACCAUGGAAAUUUUAACAGAUUAUUCAUAGCCGGGGAUAGUGCUGGUGGUAAUAUUGUCUUUAACAUGACCAUGAGAGCUGGUAAAGAGAGCUUAAUUGGAUGCGUGAAACUCGUUGGUGCUAUCUUUGAUUUCCCUUUCUUCUUGAUCCCAUCAGUCGAAAACAUUGAGGGGUCUUUGAUUUACAAGCUUUGGAAUACUAUUUGUCCACCAUCUGAACAGGGAAUUAAUAGCCCAGUGGUUAGUCCAGUUUCAGAAAAUGGCCCGAGCUUGUCAGAGUUGGGUUGCUCAAGGCUUUUCUUGUGUGCAGGAGAUAAAGAUGAGCUUGUCCCCAGUGAAAUUGUGAGUCGAUUCGCUGUAGCUGUGAAGAACAGUGGAUGGAAAGGUGAAUUAGAUUUUAUUGAGAUUGAAGGUGAAGGUCAUUGCUUUCAGGCUGCUAAUCCUGAAGCUGAGAAAUCUAAAUAUCUCAUCAAGCGCAUGGCUUCUUUCAUCCAACGCAAAUGAUUACAAUUCUGCAAUUAGAGCUCCUAGUAAUAAUUAUUAGAUCUUCUAAUCUUAAAUUAGGCGAUGAGUAUAUAUUUGAAGCAUAUUUUAGAGUGGAUAUGUUAUUAGAACUGAUUUGCUGUAUCCUAGGAGCGUAAAAUUUAUUCUACUCGAUGUUUACACCGUAUGAUAUGCUUUAUACAUGAAUUUCAAGCAUUUAA